CUGUCCGUGGAUCCAUUCUUCGAGCCGCUUUUCGGUUCGAUAGCGAUUUACGAUGCGAAAGCUCGACGGAAGGUUACUGAGAACUUUUAUUUCGAUGUAAACCCAGAAGAAAUAAGACGGCUGAUUGAUAAGAAUAACUCAUUUGCGGAAGCCACUGAGAGAUGCAGUCAAGCAGCGUUCAGUCUGUCAUGCCCCUUGACGGACCUUUUCAUCGUGAUCAAGGUUGUGACACUUUGA